GAGGAAGUGGAUGACAGUUGCAGUUUCCCAUUGACAUAUAUAUAACAGUUUCCGCGGCAAACUCGUCCAAACAGCGGUCCUGCCAUGGCAACAGCGCGAAUUUGUGUCCUGUAUGUUGUCCUUUCUACGACUUUAGCGGAAGACUUUAACUUAAAACACAAACCAUCCACCAAACCUGUCCGGUUGUUCACUGAGGAGGAACUGACGAGAUACGACGGCAGCGAGGAGGGGCAGCCUAUCUACAUGGCAGUAAAAGGAGUUGUAUUUGAUGUUACCAAGGGAAAAGAAUUUUAUGGGAAAGAUGCACCAUACAACGCCUUGGUUGGUAAAGACUCCACUCGGGCUGUGGCUAAGAUGUCUCUGGACCCAGCUGACCUGACAUCAGAUACUACGGGCCUCACUGAGGAGCAGCUGGAGUCUCUGGAUAGUAUAUUUGAAGGCACGUACAAAGCAAAGUAUCCGAUUGUGGGUUACACAGCGUCACGCAUCCUCACUGAGGAUGGAAGUUACAAUGAAGCCUUCAAACCAGAGGACCAGCCUCAUUUUCAGAUCAAAGAUGAGUUUUGAUCUCAGUUUACCUUUUUUUUUGUAAAACAAAAUUGUGAAAGUCUUGUUAUAAAGAAGUUUUUUUUCUCUCUUUUUCUUUUUUUUCUCUUUACUUGACCAGAAUCAUAUGUCUAAUAUGAGCCUAAUAUGCCAAGUGCAAUACAUGUAAUGGAGACACUUUUUUGUCAUAUUUACUUGAACAAAAGUUUGACAUGAUCCUCUAUCUGUGAGAGCUUUAAUUGUUACGGAACCAUUUCAAUACUUAUUGUAUCUUUUUUUAAAUACAUUUCAAAUAAGGCUGUUUUGACAAACAUUGGAUGAACAAAGUGAAGUGAUGCUAGUAUUUCUACCAAAAAGUUCAUGCCUUCAGCAGAUGAAUGUGGAAAACAUCCUUCUAGUAUCAAAAUGCACAUGCGUUGUCAUUUUGCAUAGGAAAGCAAAAAAAAAAAAAAAAAGUAAAAUGGAGGGGGGACUUUAUUUAUUACGGCGGAUUAUAUGUGGUUACACAGCGAUAGUCUUCUACAUUUGUCACGAACAAAUUAAAAGUCAACCCCAUCUAUUUCCCUAGAAAAGGAGCGUGAGCUGAAUGAAAUUUCAGAAAAUAGUGAAAAAUCCCAGCACAGUUUACCAGAACUCAUGGUAGUGUCUUCAAAUCUUUUAUUUAGUUCAAAACCCCAAAUUCAAAAUGUUGCAGUUGUUAAGUGGAAAAAAGACAACAAAUAUUUGGCCUUGUUGAUUGAUAAAUGACUAAUUGUUACCAGAUAUGUUGCUGAUUAAUUUUCUGUCCAUUGAUUAUUCCAUUAAUUGCUUCAGCUCUAUAUUGUAGUAUAAAAUGUUUUCAGUGAAUGCAUGCUCAGUAGAAUAUUAAUGUGAUUUAAAACUCACUGAAUCUGCAGCUCUGUGAGGGUUUACAUGAUUACAAAUGUGUGUUUUCUGCUUGAUUUUGUUUUU